CCCUCCCUCCACCCCUUCGCCCAUCCAAAACCACACCACCACAACGGACCACCCGCCUCCGGCUGUCCUGCUCCGGCCCUCACCUCACCUCGCUCCCGUAUAAAAUACCACCCCUGCCUAAAUCCACGGUCCACACCCCUUGCGACGCCAUGGCUCUCGCCCUCCGAGCGCCCCGCUUUCAGCCGCUUCCCGCCUCCAUUCCCGCGACCUCAACCGCUUUCGCCAGCACCGCGAGGCCUUCCUCCUCCGCUGCCACCGCCACCGCCAUCUGCGCCACCGCGUCUCCGUUCACCGAGGCCACGUCCUCCUCGAGAUACCGCCGCGACGCCUGGUCCUACACUGCCCAAGACUCCUCCUCUUCCUCGUCCGCCGCCGCCGCCGCGGCGGCGGCGGCCUCGGGCCGCCGGGACGACGAGAUCGCUCUGCAGCUCCCGGAGCUGCGGAGGCUUCUGGAGGCUCUCAGGGCGUCCAGAGGGAAAGGGCUGGAAGGGGAGGGCGGCGGCGGCGGUCCCGGGAGGGUGGCGCUGGUGGGGACGGGGCCAGGGGACCCGGAGCUCCUCACGCUCAAGGCCGUUCGGGCCAUCGAGGCAGCGGACCUGGUGCUGUACGAUCGCCUCGUGUCCAACGAGGUGCUCGAUUUGGUCGCGGAUGGCGCCAGGCUACUCUACGUCGGCAAGACGGCCGGAUACCACAGUCGCACUCAGGAAGAAAUUCAUGAGUUGCUCCUGAGCUUCGCGGAGGCUGGUGCCAAUGUGGUGCGGUUGAAAGGCGGCGAUCCUCUGGUUUUUGGAAGGGGUGGAGAAGAGAUGGAUUUUCUACAACAACAAGGAAUUAGAGUUGAAGUUAUUCCAGGAAUUACCUCUGCUUCAGGAAUUGCAGCUGAACUUGGUAUUCCACUAACCCAUCGGGGUGUCGCUACCAGUGUCAGAUUUUUAACCGGACACUCUAGAAAUGGUGGGACGGAUCCUCUACAUGUGGCAGAGAAUGCAGCCGACCCAGAAACAACUUUGGUUGUGUAUAUGGGUUUGUCAACACUACCAUCACUUGCUCCCAAGUUAAUGAAGCACGGUCUUCCACCAGAUACUCCUGCUGUUGCAGUAGAGCGUGGGACUACCCCCCAACAGCGAAUGGUAUUUGCAAUGUUGAAGGAUCUUGUGAAUGAGGUCCACUCGGCGGAUCUAGUUUCUCCAACUCUGAUAAUUAUCGGCAAGGUGGUGGCCUUGUCACCCCUUUGGGUUGAGUCAUCUGAACAUGAUGCUCUUAAUAAUGAGAACUCGUCGCAACCGAGUCCAACAGUUUCUCCUGUAUAAAGUACAUGGCCACAAGGGAUGUUGAUGAACGUCAUGCUUUUGGAACAUUUCCAAAUUGAGAUCUAAGGCUAUAUGAUCUGGUUUAGGUUAGGACAUGCAAACACAGGACGUAGUGAAUCUGGACAAGAGAGCAAACACAGGAAGCAUAUAUUUUGAAUAUUGCAGUUGCAGAAGACAGUACAUAAAACCACAGAGAACAAGGGUUCACUUUAACCGGCGGCAACAGUCUGUGAUUCGGCAUAAUCUACUGAACUGCAGCAAAUCUUCAGCAUAGUUUAGUUUUGGUCUUGGACCAUAUGUAUAUCUUGAAUCAAAGGUAGGAUCUGUUUUUUGUCUCCCUUUGUCGCAUUACUUUGUUUAGGGGCUACUCUUGAAACACGUUGGGCAUUGUAUGCCAUUAUUCUGUCAAGCUCAUUUGUUGGGCUUAAUAACGAAUUUUGAACUA